GACGGAUUGGACAACGCAAACGGAUCGCAAACCGUACGGUCAUAUAGUGGAUGAGAGCGUUGAGCUGCGGCACCAUACGCGCGCUAAACAAUCCGGAAACCAUUUCUCGUGUACACGUGCGCGUAUUUAUUUCUGUUGGCCAAAAUGCCAAUUGACUCCGAACGUGUAAUUGCACUUGUGUUCGAGCGAAAACCAAUAUGGGACAAAAGGCUGCGACAGCACAACAACAGACCGCUGGUGGACAAACUUUGGCGACAGAUUGCACACCAAAUGGGUCUGGGCCUCUCGAACGUAGAUGGCAUUAAAAAGCGAUGGAGAUCGCUUCGCGAUCACUUUCUCAAGGAGUUGAAAAAGGUGCCACCAGGAAAAUUGGAAGAACAUGAGCGGUACACUGCUUGGCAGCAUUUCGAAAGAAUGCUCUUUGUGAAGGAUAUGAUGAAACCGAAAAGGCCCCUUCAGAAGGUGGAAAGCAAGGAUUUCGAACCUAAGGAAACAGAUGAUUCCAUCAGCAAUCCAAUCGAGAUGGUGGAAAUGGAUGCGCUUGAGUUUGAUGAUUUGGAGAAAAAUAUGAAUGAGUUAAAAACUGGAAAUGAUCAAAAGUUUGUCGUUCAGCAACAGACGUCAUCGUCGAACGAUGAUGUUGGAGAAGUGCUGAAAGGAAUGGAACACCGUGAAGCCGCUCCGUGUGAAGAGGAUGAUGAUGUUUUGUACUUUAAAAGCUUGCUACCGUAUGUUCGCAAGCUGAAACCAAAUAAAAAAAUGCGUUUUCGGAUUGAAGUACAACAUCUCGUCCUUGAACACGUGUAUCAAGAGAGGGCAGUAUCAAACGGUUCCGAUGUGACGUAGGUAGCGUUUAAUGAACGUUAAAAUAAUCACUCAUAUGGUAAGUAAAGUAAAAUAAAUUUCCUUGGCGAUUUAUUGAAUAAAC